AUGACUGACCAAGAAAAGAGUUAUGAUGUUAAACUAACCUCUGACACUUAAAAAAAUGUUCAAAAACAAAAGACAGGAUUAAAGUAGAUCAAUCUUGAUAAUCUGGUGUACAAUAAGAGAGAGAGAAAGUAAACUGGUAUACAAGGUAACAAGAUCUCUUACUCUUAGCACUUUAACCUAUGCCUAUAAUUCAUCACAACAAAGUCAUUCAUAAUAAGUAAGGUCGUAAAAAGAAGAAUACUGAAUUGCAUACCCCGCCAAGAGAAGAAGUAAAACAAAACUAAGAACCCACUUAAAUCAAAUAAUUAUCAAUAUCCUGUGAAUAAUUGGUUCUCGAAUCAGAUAACUUUUCUGAGUUCGAUCCCAAGAUCAAACCUAAGAAAUCCAAAAAGUUUCGUAGAACACACAAACAUAUAGAUUUAGAAGACUCUUCUGAUGAAGCUCAAUACAAAAGUAAACUUAUUCUCAAGAGAGUCAAUAAGAUAUUUAAAAAAUCUUAUGAAUAAAAAUUAAUCCUAUCUUCAGGUAGUGAGUAAGAGAAUUUAGUCAAAGAACUAUUUAAGAAUAUUUAUGUAAAGAUAUUUUAAGGUACAAAAACAAUUUUAAAAAAAGAUAUUCCUGUGACUGCAGCAGAAUUGAAAUAACUAAAUUAACCUGAGUGUUCAACAGGAUAAGAAGGUGAUUGCAAAUUAUUGGAAGAAGAACCAAAAUAAGAUGAAGAACCUUUGAGAAUAUUAACUGAAGAUGGAACAGAUUUUGAAACAAAACGUAAUUUGAAACUGUUAGGAAUUGAAAAUUAAGAAAUAUUAUCAAAAUUAGGAGAAAUUAAAUCUUAUAUUAAUUGUGAUAUAAGAUAUUUUAAUAUUGACUUUCUAGUUGAGAAAGUGGGUGGUUUUGAUGGUAAUUUAUAGGAGUAUGUUGUUUAGUUGUUUUAAUGGAUCCUCCCUGGAGAAUUAAAGGAGGAUAAUAGAAUGAUUCUUCAUUUAUGUUCACCAAUAGUAAAUUCUCUUUAGAUUAUAAUACUAUGAGUAAUCAAGAAAUAAUGGAUAUUAAAAUAGAGAAAUUAAGUAAGAAAGGCUUUCUAUUUCUUUGGAUUCUUAAUACUUAACUUAAUAUAGCUUAUGAAAUGGCUAGUAAAUGGGGAUAUGAAAUAGUUGAUCAAAUUAUUUGGGUGAAAUUAAAUCCAUAAGGCAACAAUGUUUAUCUUUCUACAGGAUAUUACUUUAUGCAUUCAUUUGAAAUAUGUCUAGUUGGGUAUAUAUAUAUAUUAUGAUUAUAUUAAAAUAGUUAUAAAUGUCCUCCAGGUGAACAUGUAGAAUAUCAUUCAAAAAUAUCAAACAAUAUUAUUUUUAGUUCAGUAAGAAAUAAAUCUUAGAAACCAAUUGAAUUAUAUGAAAUAAUUGAAUUGAUGAUGCCAGGUUCUAAGAAAGUUGAAAUAUUUGCUAGAAAUCAUAAUUUAAGACAUGGAUGGUUUUCUAUUGGAAAUUAAUUAGGAGAAACCUUUUAAAAAUGGUUAGUAUAGAUAAGUUGUAAUAUAUGUGGAAUCUCAUUACAACCAGGUAUAUGUAGAUAUAAAUCUAAAAAAAUUUCAAAUUUUGACAUUUGUUAGAAUUGUUACAAUAAAAAGAUUAAGUAUUGAUUUAAUUAUAUAAUUUAGUGAUGGUGAACUUACAGAAAAUGAUAUGUUCUUUUUAGCUAAUAAAGCAGAUGAAGAAGUAUUACAUUAAUAUCAUUAAUGUAAUGGUUGUGAUUAGAAUCCUAUAUGGGGAGCUAGAUUUGAAUGUGUCACUUGUGAUAAUUAUGAUUUUUGUGAAGCUUGUUUUGAUAAUCUAUUGAUAAAUGGAGAUCCUAUUCAUAAAGAUCAUGAAUUCAAAGUGAUAGAAUUACCAACAUUUGCUGAAGGUAUACCUUGUCAUGAUUCUAAAUGUAAUGGAUGUUUUCAAAAACCAAUUCUAGGUGUUUAAUUUAUUUGUAAAUAAUGUACAAAUUUUAGUUUAUGUAAUUAUUAUUAUUUAAUAUAUAGGUUAAAAUUGUUUCUUUACUAGAACAUAAUCUGAAUUAAAUGGACAAAGACAUAAAGCUGAUCAUCGUUUUGAACCUAUUUAUGAAGUUUAGAAUUAUCAAAAAAAAACUUAUAAAUGUUAAGGUUGUGAAUUAGAGAAAUCUGUAAGUGUUUAUAAAUGUGAAAAUUGUUUUGGAUUUUAUUUUUGUGAAGAAUGUUAUGUACUUAAAAAAGAUGAUUGGAAAUGUUAUGUAGCUACCAGUCAUAAAAAUUAUCAUACAUUUAUUAAGAUAUGA